AUGUUCAGGCCUACUGAAGCCAUGAAUGGGGUAUUGACAGAAGGAAGCUGUAGCUCUGUUCAUGCUGCUGUUAGUGCAGUGCUUCAAGAUUUCAUGACUCAUGAUGCUGAAAGGCAUCCUGCAGCCUCGUGUAAAGUCAAUGGUGUUAUUGAAAUUGAAACAACCCCAGGUAAUGGACACAUUGACCCAUCCUUUGGAUGCAAGAAGGAGUUGAAGGAAGCUCAAUUACUGCUUCCUGAUAAAGCAGAAUCUCAUGGGCAAACACAUAGGAAUCCCAGUGAAGAGGGAAAGACUGAGUCCUGCCUUACUGAUGUAGCCAUGCCAUGUGCUGAUGCCACCCAACAAAAAGUGGAUGAUGACAUUGCCCUGGCCAUUGUGGCAGCUGAUGAACCUACAGGACUACCAGAGAAGAAGCAAAGGAUCAUCUCAAUUGGACCAUCAAAUGAAGUUGAACAAGCUGCCAAGGAGAAGUCCUUAGAGAAGACUGAAGUUCAAGGGUCAAAAGAGGUUCAGUUGACCAUGAAGGAAAAAGAAGUUCCCAAGCUUCCUGAGCAAGGAAAGGUGGAUAAAGUGGAUCGAAUGAAGAAGCGCUUGGUUGCAGCUGGGAUAAAGGUAGCAUCCUACUCCAUUCUCUUUCGAGACUGCAGGGAUGAUGAUGAGAAGAUUGCUAAGAUGCAUGAUCUCCUUCGCAAAUUUGGUCUCAGGGGCCCUGCAUCAUUGGAGAACUGCCAGAAGCUGAGGGAGAAGACUUCCAAUAAAAUGAACUAUGAGGAGAGGGAAGGGUUCAAUACAGACCCUAGUCAUUAUGUUCUGUCCAAUUUCAUCAAGAAGGACACAGAUAGCAUUGACCGUGACAGCAAGACAAAUCUGGUGCCAAAGGUCAGUACCCUGCAGCCCAGAGUCAUCCUCUAUGACUUGUUGAGAAAUCACCAAAUGUUGGAGAGAUACCGGUACCUCAAACUUCCUAUAAGGUUAGAUGAGAAUGGUGAUUUUGGCAGCCAACUCAACACUGACAGAGACCUUACUACAAAGAGGGACCUAGAGAGGGAGAACUUGGAAGUACUUCAGAGGAAAGAGAAGACCAAGAUCAGAAACCAGAGCUAUGAAGACAGUACCAGACGACGUCAUCAUAUGGCAGGAAAAGAAAAAGAAUUGGGAAAACUUGAUGUGCCACCAAGUGAAGAAAAGACCAAACCAAAGAAUCUGAGCAAUGAAGAUAGCAGGCGACAUGAGCCGCUUGUAGGAAAAGAACUGUUCUUGGAGAACUUUGAUAUGUUUAAUAGUGCAGAGAAGAUCAAGCCAAAGAUCCUGAAUGUUGAAGAUGCUAGCAAACGACAUGAGCAACAGCCAGGAAGAGAUCAGGAGUCAGAGAAAUUUGAUGUGCUGCAGAGCAGAGAGAAAAUAAAACCCAAGAGGUUAGAAAAUGAAGACUCUAGCAAACGACGUGAGCAGAUGACAUCGGUGAAGCAUCAAAAGCCGUCAAGUUGGGUCAAGAGCAAGACAGAAUCCAGACAUUCCAGAAAGUACAAGAAAGAAUCUGAAAAACCACAUAAGGAGAAGGGAUUGGGGGAAGGUAGGAAGACUCUUGAGAAAAAGAAGCUUGAGGAGAUGAAAGGCUACCUACGAACAGCAGGGAUUCGUGUGCUUUCAUACGAGAAGCUUUUCUUAGGCUGCCGCACGCUUGACCAGAAGAUUGACCGAAUGAAGGGUCUGCUUGAGGAGAAAGGUAUCAAAGCGGGUAAAGGAGCCAAGCCCUCCUCUGGUGAAGUGAAGAAAGCACCAAGAGGGAGGCCUCCAUCAUCAAUGACCAAGACCAUAACCCCACCCACCACCAGAACUAGCUCUGCCUCUCAUCACAAAGACAAGAGACAUGCACAAGAUGACAAGCCCAGGGAAAAAGAUGGGCAAGGACAAGGGCCUAUUGAGGAUCUCCAAGCAGCAACAUUGAGAGAGGAACAUGCAGCCAAGAUGCUUCUCCUUCGACGGGAGUUGGAUAUCAAGGAGGAAGAGCAUGAGAUUCGCAUGAGAAUCCUCCGUGCCGUCCUGCAAGGCUUUACCAAGAACGGACAUCCUUCGAACGCUGCAGAUUUAAAGCUUGAGGAAGGGAGGCCAACGAUUAAGAAAUGUAAGGAACUGCGUAUCGAGCUGGAACUGAAGAAAGAAAUGGAUGAACUCAUCGGAGACACUCAGCACAUCCGCACUGCAAUUCCAACUGAAAGUCCAGGGGGCGAGAGGAGAAACCGAAGGAAGAGAAGCACGAGUCGAGAGGACACUCCGAGCCCGGUGAAAAAGCAGAAGUCCGAGAUGGAGCAGCGCCUUUCCCGUCUCCGAUGCUUCCUCGACUCCGACACCGACAGCGAAUGAGUGUCCCAUUCUCAAAUUGAGCGUCCCGCUCUCGUCUCGUGCAUUCACCAAAGCGUAGGGGGAUCCUGGCGUGGAAAUGCAGUUAUGCCCAGUACAAGUGACC